GUGAUCCAAUGAGUCCUGGAGAAUUGAUACUUUCUAACAACAGCAGGCAAAUUGCACUGAAAAAAGCCACAAUUUGGUACUAUUUUGUUUUUGAAGAGCUGACGGCGAGGUGUAUCCCCAUCUUUUGGAUACCCUACGGAAUAACACCACAAGUUGCUUUUCAUUGAAUCGAUGGAGAGGUCACUACAUUUCUUUACCUGGAUUGUAAUUCUGAUUGUGCGACCUUGUGGACAUCAGGCUCUUGGGAAUCACUCCAAACCUCAGAAUCAUCCAGGUUUCCAGGUAUUGAGGUUGGCCUCACAUUACUGGCCCUUGGAGGUGGUGAAUGGAAUUCAAGAGCUGCCAAAGAGCAUUGAAGGCAGAACAGGUCCUGAUAAUGAAAGUGAUAGAACUGUCACCAUCCACAACCUCACUGUGUUUCCUUACCAUAACUCUUCCUAUGUUCAUUCAAAUGACUCUGCCUACUCUAACUCCUCUGCAACUGUAGAUAUUGUGGAAGGGACUGUGAACCAGGGCAUUUUCCUCAACGAGCACAAAGGAGACUCUUUCCUUUAUUUUGGAAGUUCCAAAAACUCUUGCAUUAGUAACCCUAGUAUUUGCGGACCUGAAGGAGUAACAUUUUCAUUUUUCUGGAAGAUUCAGAACCAAAAUGAAAAGAAACAGCAUCAGAAAAAGCAUGCAACCCAGAGCCACCAAGAUGAGCCUCAAAACGAAGGGCAAAUACCACAGCAAACCCUAGCAUCUGGGAAGAAAGUGACAUCAAGUGGAUUUGAGAUCUACUCAGAUGAACAUGAAGGAUAUGUGGAAAUUCAUACUCGGGACAACUCAAAGGUGUGGAAAGCAAGCAUCAGCCCCCCAGGUCCUUACUGGACACAUGUCCUCUUCACCUGGACCUCAAGUGAAGGUUUGAAAAUUUACAUGAAUGGUACUUUCAAUACAAGUGAUUCCACAGGACAAAUGUCCCAUAGCUACGGAGAUGGUAAUGAAAGUUUGGUUCUUGGGACAAACAGUGACUCUUCAAAGCAAUAUGUGAAUGGAGCAUUUGACGAGUUUAUCAUAUGGGAGAGAGCUCUGUCUCCUGAGGAGAUCCAUCUGUAUUUUACAGCUGCCACUGGUGAGGAAACCACUGUUACAUCAACAACCUCAAGCAUUCCUAAUACUUCACAUGCUGUGAUGUCAACAGAUUCUCAUCAUCAUGUUAUAACUAACCUAACCCAGGCAGACAGGAUACUUCCGGACCCACCACCUGUUUUUGGUUAUAUGGAGGUUAUAUCACAGAUGCUGCCCAAUAGAUCAUUGUCAAGUGACACUACUGGUAACCUAACCCAGGCUUUCUUGAAAACUGUAGAAGAAGUACUGCUUUUACCCACCUGGUCUGAUAUAUCUUCAGCAAAUCCAGAUGUUGGAGGAUUAAUCGAGACCGUUGAUAAAGUGAUGGGACAUAUGGCAGUCAACCUGUUGGAAAAUCCAUCAGUCAUAGUAAAACUGGAGGGCAAGUCAUCUGUAGCAGAUUAUUCCAUGGUGAAGGUGCCUCAAGCUUUGAGUUUGCCUCAUUAUCGAUUUCCAUCUGAAGGCCAGUCCUACAUCUCCGUCCCUGGAGAAGCUUUCCACAUUAAAUCUCGAACGACCAUCGUUGGAUUGCUCUACCACACUAUGCAUUACCAUUACAGGAUGAUCAAACCUACUGACACCAGGAUUUCCGGCGCAGAUCGGUACAAAGAACACAUGAUAUCAGCUACCAGUUACCUAAUAUCUUUAAAAGUGGAGCCACCCCCCAAUCUGUGUCCAAAUCUCUCGGGAUCUCCUCUUAUCACCAUUCAGCUGACGCACAUCCUGACUCGUCGACUGUACAUAGAAGCUGUAAACAAUAGUAAUCAAGUCCACCUGUACUGUGCAUUUCUGGAUUUCAGUUCUGGUUCUGGAAUCUGGUCCAAUGAAGGAUGUGUCCGUGUUGAUGGCAACCUAAACUACUCUGUGUGCCGCUGCAAUCAUCUUACUAAUUUUGCCAUUCUUAUGCAAGUGGUACCAGUGGAGCUUUCCAGCUCCCACAAGAUGGCGCUGUCCUCCAUCAGUUACAUUGGUUGCUCCGUGUCCGUUUUCUGCCUGGCAAUUACACUGGUCACAUUUGCUAUACUGUCGUCUGUGAGCACAAUACGGAAUCAAAGAUACCAUAUUCACGCUAACCUGUCCUUUGCCAUUCUGGUUGCACAGAUUCUGCUCCUUAUCAGCUUUCGUUUUGUCUCUGGGACGUUGCCUUGCAAGAUCAUAGCAAUCCUGCUGCACUUCUUCUUCCUAAGUGCCUUUGCAUGGAUGCUGGUGGAAGGACUUCACCUGUACAGUAUGGUGAUCAAGGUGUUCGGCUCAGAAGAAAGCAAACAUCUAUACUAUUAUGGAAUUGGAUGGGGUUCAUCUUUGGUGAUCUGCAUUGUGUCUGUAACGUCUGCCCUGGACAGUUAUGGAGAAGGGAGCAACUGUUGGCUGUCUCUGGAGAAGGGAGCAAUCUGGGCCUUUGUGGCUCCUGCGCUGUUUGUGAUUGUGGUCAAUAUUGGGAUCCUAAUUGCGGUAACCAGAAUUAUCUCCAGAAUUAGCGCUGACAACUACAAGGUUCAUAGAGAUGCCAAUGCUUUUAAGUUAACAGCAAAAGCAGUGGCUGUGCUUCUGCCAAUCCUUGGAAGCUCCUGGAUCUUUGGAGUCCUUGCUGUUAAUAAUCAGUCAAUUGUCUUUCAAUAUAUGUUUGCUAUAUUCAACUCUCUGCAGGGAUUUUUUAUCUUCCUAUUCCACUGCCUACUAAACUCCGAGGUAAGAGCUGCAUUCAAACACAAAACUAAGGUCUGGUCCCUCACAAGCAGCUCCAUUCGCAACAUCAACGUGAAACCUUUUAACUCCGACAUAAUGAAUGGGAACCGUGCCAAUACUACUCCAACCAAGAUGAAUACAUGGGACAAAAGUAGUAAUUCAGCCAAUCGAAUUGACUUAUCUGCAGUCUGAUCAUGAAAGGAUUUGACUCUCUGGAGGCCUUUAUGUAUGACGGUCUGUCUUCUUCUAUCGAGACCUUACUAUGUUGUUCACACACAGGAAUGAUUUUGUAUUCCUACACUAAAUCACCUUUUUUGUCUACAAAAUACAUGAUUAUAAAGAUUCAGCUCCCAGCAUUGUUAAAUAUGAGAAGUAAGUGCCAAGGAGCCUUGGAGAUUAUUUUUUUCUGCAAAUCUACAAGACACCUAGAGAAAAAAAAAACUAUUUUGUGUUAUGCAGUAUUCUUUCUCAAAGAACCAAUCACUGUAGGAUUAUUUACCUUAACUUCUGGGACUUUUAUGAAAAGACAGCUCUUGGCUUUCCUUGACAAAUCCUCCACACACAACAGGCUUUGGAUAAACUUUCUAAUGGAAAAAAAAACAUUCUUAUUUUCAUCUGUGCUCUGCUAAAUAUCCUAUUCAUCCGUUUAUACUCCUUCUAGAUAUGAAACCUUCUCUAGCAGAAAGGUAAAGCAAUGAAGGAUCCCGCUGCGAAAAUAUUUUUCGUGUACAAGGACUGUGAAUAAACUGGCACCAUUUUCUGUC